UCAACCAACCAUAACAACACCAACAACCACCAUCAAGUCCAUAUCCAUCAUCACCAUCCACCCAUCAAUCAUGGGCCUCAGCCUCAGCACCGCUCGAUAUCUCGCCCCAGCCUCCUUCAUCUACGACUUCGCCGCCCAACAAUACGGCAUCUUCAGCACCCCCAACAUGAAACAAAUCCACGACCAAAACCUCUCCUUCUUCUCCCCACAACCCUUCUUCAUCGCCGGCUUCUUCUUCCCCCAACAACUCUUCCAACUCUUCUGGCUCUACAAACUCUGCACACUCCACCCCUCCCACCCCUCCUCAAAAUCUUCUCUGGAUAAAAUUCUCCCCUACGUCCCCUAUUACGCUCUCGGAAAUUUCUGCAUCGGAACCUGGAUGUUUUUCUGGAAUUCCUCCCAUUUGUCUCUCGCAAAUAUCUUCGUCCUCAUCAAUUCCUCUGCGCAAAUAUUUUUUCUCGCAACCCAACUACGCAACAACCCCAUGGAUACGCGCAACUCGGCCAGUGUCCUCACACACAUCGUGUCCAAAACUUUCGCGGGGAUAGGAGUUUUGGACGCGUUGCAUAAUACUUCUGUGGCAUAUUAUAAAAAUUCCUUCCCGUCGACGACGGUGAAAAUUCUGACGGGGCUGGGAUUCGGAGGUGCGGCGUUGUGCAGUGAUUGGAUUUUUGGGGCGUGUUUGGUUUAUGAUUUGAUUGCGUUGAGUGUUGGGCAGCUGCAGUAUGAUGCGGGUUGGAGUCGACUGUUGGGUUUCAUGGCUGUUGGGACGGCGGCGAUUGUUGCUGUGAAGAAUUAUUGGAGGCCUCCAUAUGUCAAGGGAGAUUAUUCUCAAGUGGUGCAAAACGAAACCGACGAUCGAGUCUGAGUGUAUGUGCGCGCUAUUCGAAUCUUGCGAUGAUCAUUAUAUAUAUAUGAUCAGCUACGCAUAAAUCUCCAUUAUCAUAGCUACAUGAGCAUCCAUAUCCAAACUCCUAAGAAAAUCC